UCUAAUAGCUACCUUUAAAGUUUAAUUAGAAAUUAAAUAGGUAUCUAGUUGCAUAUUUUUUAAUGUAACAAUAAAAAGUUUAUUACAAUAUUUGUCGGAUUUGCUAUAAAAACAAGGAUAUAAUAAAAUACACGAAUUGCCAUUCCACGUAAAAAGAAACAUACAAUAUAAAAGCCGAUUUUAAACGUUUAAAAAGUUAUUGGGAAACUGUGUCUUGAAAGACAGAACUUGAUAUAUUAUAAGAAUUUUUAUCCAAAUUUAUGAAAAAUGGCUUCAGGUUUAGAAUCUUAUGUUAAUCAUACAGUGUCAGUUAUAACCGCAGAUGGUAGAAAUUUCAUCGGCACAUUGAAAGGAUUUGAUCAAACAAUAAAUAUAAUUUUGGAUGAAUCUCAUGAAAGAGUAUUUUCAACAACUUCUGGUAUUGAGCAAAUCGUUUUGGGUUUGCAUAUAAUAAGAGGCGACAAUAUUGCAGUUAUAGGCCAGAUUGACGAUACAAUAGAUUCUAGAUUAGAUUUUUCUUCAAUCAGAGGAGAACCAUUAGGUCCCGUAGUACACUAGUUUUUU